UUUGAAUUUAUAAUUUUUAGUUUUGGAAAACUGCUUAAGACAGACUGUUCGUGAAAAUGAAGCCUGUUGUUCUAUUAUUUUUAUUAUUGGUCAUUGUUGGCCUUGCUCUGGGAUUAAAGGAUCCCAUCUGCGGUCUUCAGCCUGCUAAAGAAGGAUUCUGUUUAGCCAAUAAGCCGAGCUUUACCUAUUAUCCCGACAGAAACGAAUGUUCGAAAUUUGUUUACGGUGGGUGUAACGGCAAUGAAAAUCGUUUUUCAAACAAAGAACUUUGUGAGAACAAGUGCAAGGAAUAACAUUUGAUGUAGCUUACAAAUAAAGGUUAAUAAAUCAAGUCCUUAAAAAUA